AACACACAUCAACCUUCCCACGCUGCAGUCAUUCUCCACUACUACAAACCAAAGGCUCCUUGUCAAUGGAGUGACCUCAAUGCCGUCUUGACCAAUCUACAAUUCUCCACUCAAGCCAUGCACACGACCAAUCCAAAGGCUUCACAAUAUUUUUUAAAAUGACGGAGAUCAGAGUACCAACAAUCUGUCCUUCCUCGAAUUUGCUUCUGCCAUUUAUGUAUAUAUAUACACAGGAUAUCCCUUCUCUGUUAUUGAAAUUUGCAGUAAGGAACGGCUUGUUUGUUGUUUCCUGCGACCUGCAACAUGGUGAGAGCUCCUUGUUGCUCAAACAUGGGCUUGAAGAAGGGGCCGUGGACGCCGGAGGAAGACCGGCUGCUGAUUUCUUACGUAGAGAAGCAUGGCCAUGAGAACUGGAGAGCUCUGCCUAAACAAGCUGGGCUGUUGAGGUGUGGGAAGAGUUGCCGGCUUAGGUGGACGAAUUAUCUCCGACCGGGCAUUAAGAGAGGCAACUAUACCAUGGAGGAAGAAGAGACCAUAAUAAACUUGCAUGAGACUCUCGGCAAUAGGUGGUCAGAAAUAGCAUCUAAGCUACCCGGUCGAACCGACAACGAGAUCAAGAAUGUAUGGCACACUCACUUGAAGAAGCGAAUCAAACCGACCCAAACAGUGCAGGAUUCUCCGCGAAAGUGCCAAAUUGACACACCCAAGUUUGGCUCAAAGGCUAAGGCCAUCGACCGCAAAGCAACGAGGAAGCCAAAGUUGGAUUGCCCGAGCCACGGCCCUCCGUCCCCGAGUCAGUCCUUGAGUGAGACCUUGACCACCCCUUGCACCAAUUCCUCUAACAAGAUGUGUGAAACUAGCAAUGAAGAUAUCAAAGAAGAAGCUAUCGUUACUCCGUAUGAGCUUUCCGAUAUCGAUGAUAAUAUAUGGUCAGAUGCAUUCUUCGCCGACUAUGGCACCUCUUGGGAUGAUUCCUUGGCAUCAUUUUGUUCAUUCAGUGGCAACGAAGAUGGAAUAGAUUUUUGGAUGCAAGUGUUCAUGGAGGCAGGGGACUUGAGCUAACAUUUUGAGUGUAACCAUUUGAAACAAGAGUCAUUGGUAGUAUACAAGUUUAUACCAAAUGUCUACUAAAUGUUGUGUUUAAAGGACUUUUUUGAGCUUGUAAAAAGUUGCUUAUUAACUAGAGAGAAUUUUUCU